GCGCAGAACGUGUCAACAAAUGUUCCCGGGAACCGAUGACACUGAUAUACAUGUACAUACUAUAAUUAUAAAUCGAUCGAUAACUUUACUGUGUGAUAUAACUGUCGAACUUUUCGUCAGUGUUUUCUAUCCAAGGUCGUGAUUCCUUAUUCAAAUGGGUUUGUGAUACAUCACGCUCCAGUGACGCUCGGUUGGAUAUAGGCUACGAUUUAGUGUGACUUUAACCCACAACUGACUGGGAAAGGUACGUGGUAGGCCUACUAGUGCAAUACUGUCCAGGUGUCCCGAGACUGUGUGACCUAGGAAUGUACCUGCACACAACUAAUACGGAAACCAGCGUCAGCAAGUAGCGCCUCUAGCGGCCAUGAACGUCACCGACAGCACGGCAGACACCAAUGGCAGUGUCGGAGAAGGCGUGUUCGGCAUCAUCCUGGCCAUCUGGAUCAUCGUCUCCAACGCCACUCUGAUCAUCGGCAUGCUCACGGAGGAGAGGCGACGUCGCAGCACGUUCUGCCUCCACAUCGUCAACCUGGCCGUCGCCGACCUCCUCGUGGGAAUCGUCGUCGUGCCCAUCAUGGCCGACUACCUGCUGAAGACGUCGUGGAUGCUGGGCGAGGACAUCUGCCAGUUCUGGGUCAUCACGGACAUCCUGCUUUGCACCGUGUCCAUCCUGGCGCUGCUGAUGCUCAACUGUGACCGCUUCAUGUUCAUCACGUGCACGCGCAUCUUCUACAACAGCAACGCCAAGUACGUCCUCUGCAGCCUGAUGAUCAUGAUCCCGUGGGUGGUCGGGAUAUUCCUGGUGCUGCCGCUGUGGAUCAUGGGCUCGAAGCACAUCUCGCGACACGAAGACCUCUGCCAGCUGGUUCUGAAGCAGGACUACCGAGUCGUGUCCAUCUUCGUGAGUUUCUUCGUGCCCGCGUUCUUCGCCGUGGCCAUGAACAUCUCAAUUGUGUUGAUGUUCUGCGCCCUGCGGAAGAGACUGCAGGCGCACCUGUCGGUGCAGUUUGGAAAUCCCCGCGUCCAGAUCAUAUCGCUGUGUUUAAUAUCCGUGGUGUUCAUCGUCAUGUGGGCCCCGUUCUUCGUCUUCCUCUUCCUGAUAUCACUUUCCAAAGACUACAUGCCGCCGAAGGCGUUACUGUCGUUUGCGAUAUGGUUAGGAUACGCCAAUUCUGCCGUCAACCCGGUGCUGUGGUUGGUGUAUCCUCUGGUUAGAGACGUCUACAGAAGAUUGCUGUGUUGUUGUCGUAACGAGAAAAAAAAUGCCGACACCACUGACGAUGAACACAAAGCUUCCAUGGUGGAGUCCAGAGACGACGACGACGAUGUUGGAUUGUAGAAGAACCACUCUUAACGGUUACACGCUGACACAUUUGGUCACUCAAGCCAUCUUCAUUAAGCAGCAACACGUGUCACCUAUUCCGUCAGUCCCACAGACGCAACUUAAAGGACCUACAAAACUUGACCUUCAUGAACUAGGGGCCUUAUAAUAAUAACACGUACAAUAAUAGAUAAAAGGAACACAUCUUAAGUGCUGUUUAAAUAGGUGAUUGCUAUAUAAGGUGUCCUUGAUAUUUCUACAUCUGGUAUAAGGAUGUAACAACUGUGAUCAAAAUAUAUUCACAGAACUAAACAGAGUUUAACGGAUAUGUUGACAAAAACUGUGAUCAAUGAAAACGAGCCAGGUAUUUGAGAAAGAUGAAUGUCUUCCAAGUAAGCUGUGGCAUCGGUUGUUUUCGUUAAACGGACUAUCCGGCGUUUGCUGCCAUUGUAAGAUAUUUCCGACUGAUAAAAUAUUUUAAUGACUAAAAUUACUUACUAUAGUAUGGAAUUUACUACAAGCUAUUUAUUUCUGAGCCGAUAUUUUUCUAAAUUGCACACA